AUGGAUCCAGAAGACACCUUUCGAACUCAGAUUCCAAAUUUUCAAAAAAAAAUCAAUCAAACUUCAGAAGACAUUCGGAUUCAGAAUCCAAAACGUUUUGAAAAGCAAAAUCUCGAAAAAUUCGCAAAAAAAAACCCAGAAGACGUUGAGAUUCUGAAGCCAAAAAUCAUCGUUUUGUCUAUAUCUCUUCUCCUCUCCAACACUCGAAUUCACAAAUCCAAUUCAGACCGGUUCGAGCCGCCCGUCGUCACCAUCAUCGACGCCGUCGGAUACGGCUUGUUAACAUUUGCAUACUACUGUUUGGCUUUGGCAUCAAAAGAAAAAGAAAAAGGAAAACUACAAAAUCGGGUGGAAAUUCAGAAGACGUUCGUCUCGUCCGAAUAA